AUGGAGUUUUCCAUCAAAGGAGUUGAGAAGGCCAUACGCGUAGACGAGGAGACUGCGGUGAUUGUAAGCUCCCGCAGGGCGGGCGCGGACCAAUGGCGCCUGGUCACGGAGAAGGGGCCCUUCAUCCCCAGCGAGGACGACGAUGAGGUCCUGGAGAGCAAGAUCAUCAAGGUGGACCCACAUCAUGUGUACAUCGUGACCACGCGAGACGGCACGAAGAAGUUCAUCAAUGGUGGCAACAAUGGCACCGCCUUCUUUCUGCAGCCCUACGAGCAGAUCAACACCAUGCGCUGGAGCUCCGGGACGUCUCAGAAGGAUUUGGCAGAAGGCAAGAUCAACAAUGCUGCAAAGCCCACUUUCUUGGUAGAAGUGAGCUGUAUUGAUACCAGGUGGCAGGAUGCUCAAUUCAUGUUUGCGGUUCAAACCUCAGACAAUGUGAAGCUGAACCUGGAGGGCCACAUUUUUUGGCAGAUCCAGGAUGUCCCCAAGAUGUUUGCCAACACCAACGACCCCAAGGGGGACGUUUGGAAGAACACUCGACGGGUGCUGAAUGAGGUCGUUUCCAAGGUCACUUUGGCCGAGUUCAUGGAAUCCUUCAACGAUUUGGUGAAGAAUGCCACCACUGCUGACGCUGAGUUCUAUGGGCUCCGUGGCACACGGGUGCAUCGUGUAGAGGUCACUGGAUACACCUGUGCAGAUAAGAGGACGGAGCAAACAUUGCAGGAGGUGAACCAAGAGACCACCAACAAGAUCAACCGGAUCAGGAAGCAGGAGUCUGAGAACGAGGUUGAGCAAGCCAAGAUGGAGGCGCUCAUUCACUUAGAGCAGCAACGUUCCAAGCUGAUUGAAGCACAGGCAGAGAAUGAGCGCCGAAAGGCUUCCUUUGAGGGAGCUGCUAAGGGAGUUCAGCUCGCUGAGCAGGUGAAGUCCUUCAUGUCGAUGUUGAAUGACUCAUUGCCUGAGACCUCCGACCGCUUGUUGUUGCUGAAACUCUUCGAGCAGAACAAAGCCAUGGUGGAAAACUCGGGAAAACUGGCUGGUGGCAAUGCAACACUCUUCGUGACACCUGAAGACAUGCAGGUUCGAUUGCACUUGCCAACUCCCAAGCAUGAAUAG